AUGAGGAAGUAUUACUUGAACUACUAUUCCGUCAUAUGCUUAGAGGCCCUGGAUAUGAUUAGGACAUUGUGUGGUGUUGAACAUGAUGAUUUGAAGAGGCUGUUUUUUGUGUCAAAAUCGAUAAGAGAAGCGACUUUGAUUGCAAAGCGAUGGCAUUUUGCAGAUAGCACCCCCAAGAAGACACUCGGAUUUCCAAAUGCUAUUGAUUUUGAAAAUCUGGAUGAGUUGAAUGAGAUUGAACAAGCUCCAAGGCAAGUGAGAAUUCCGAGGGCUCGAUUGAGCAGCAAGAAGUUGGCUGACAUUUCCGUGACCUUAUAUACUUCUGCUGGCGAAGAGAAUUGGCUGCGAAGAGAGCUAUUUGUGGCAAUGGAUGCAGAAAUAUGA